CCCAUUCGUGUCGAGUGCGGUGCAGAACCCUGCCCUCCCAAAGGAAAAAAAAAAACCCCAAAAAUUCCUUCUCUCUAUCUAUCCUUUGAUCGUAUCAGUUUACCCCCAAAUUCCCCCCUUUUUGAACUAUCUUGUUAUUUAAUUUUCAGUUUAUUAGUAGGCAAAAAUCACCCCAAAAAAAAAAAAAAAUUUCAUUCGAAACCUGAGGAUUUAGGGUCAGUUUUCCUGUUUGGAAGGAAUGGCGCAGAUUCAGGUGCAGCACCAGAAUGCAGCGGCUGGUCCGAAUGGAGUGGUGGUGACGCCGGGUGCGGCCGCUCCGGGUGGAGGGGCCAGCCAGUUUCCGACGACUUCACUGUAUGUGGGAGACUUGGAUUUUACUGUGACGGACUCGCAGCUCUACGAUCUGUUUAACCAGGUCGGUCAGGUUGUUUCUGUUCGGGUUUGUCGUGACCUCAGCACUCGGCGCAGCCUUGGCUAUGGUUACGUCAACUAUAGCAGCCCCCAGGAUGCGGCAAGGGCUAUGGAGGUUUUAAACUUCACUCCUCUCAAUAACAGGUCAAUUAGAAUCAUGUAUUCUCAUCGGGAUCCCAGUAUCCGUAAAAGUGGAGCAGCAAAUAUCUUUAUAAAGAAUUUGGACAAAUCAAUUGAUAACAAAGCAUUACAUGACACAUUUUCGAGCUUUGGGAACAUUCUUUCCUGCAAGAUAGCAACAGAUCCUAAUGGCCAAUCAAAAGGCUAUGGGUUUGUCCAAUUUGAAAAUGCAGAAUCUGCACAAAAUGCAAUAGACAAGCUAAAUGGCAUGCUUAUUAAUGAUAAGCAAGUGUAUGUGGGACAUUUCCUUCGUAAGCAGGAGAGAGAAUCAGUAUCAGACAGGACGAAGUUCAAUAAUGUCUAUGUGAAAAAUCUGGCAGAGUCUACUACAGAUGAUGAUUUGAAGAAAAUUUUUGCUGAAUAUGGAACAAUUACUAGUGCUGUUAUCAUGAGGGAUGCAGACGGAAAGUCAAAAUGUUUUGGGUUUGUCAAUUUUGAAAUUGCCGAUGAUGCUGCAAAAGCUGUUGAAGCUCUAAAUGGGGCAAAAAUUGAUGAUAAGGAGUGGUACGUUGGCAAAGCCCAGAAGAAAUACGAAAGAGAGCAAGAACUCAAAAGUCGAUUUGAGCAGAGUGCCAAGGAAGCUGUAGACAAAUACCAAGGAGUUAAUUUAUAUAUAAAAAAUUUGGAUGAUAGCAUUGAUGACGGAAAACUGAAGGAAAUGUUUUCGGAGUUCGGUUCAAUUACAUCAUGCAAGGUUAUGCAAGAUCCUAGUGGAGUAAGCAGAGGAUCUGGAUUUGUUGCCUUCUCUACUCCUGAAGAAGCUUCUCGAGCACUUACUGAGAUGAAUGGGAAAAUGGUGGUUAGCAAGCCAUUAUAUGUUGCAGUUGCGCAGCGAAAAGAAGAGAGAAGGGCUAGGUUACAGGCCCAGUUUUCGCAAAUGCGGCCAGUUGCAAUGCCACCUUCGAUUGCUCCACGUAUGCCGAUGUAUCCUCCUGGUGCUCCGGGCAUCGGACAGCAACUGUUUUAUGGGCAACCUCCUCCUGCUAUGAUCCCUCAGGCUUUUUAG